AAAUAACAAAAAAGCCUCUUGUGUUGAUGCUUAACAUACAAUUUGCUGAGGUAUAAACUAUAGUAUAAAGAAGAUAUGACCGAAAAAAUGCAAUAUAAAUGUGUAAAUUGCGGGGAAGGAGCCGGCGCCCUGUUCAGAACUUACGGACCUUCUGUCAUAAAAUUAACGAAAUGUGAAACAUGUAAUGGCAUAGUGGAUAAAUACAUAGAGUAUGAUCCCGUCAUAGUAAUGAUAGAUCUAGUCCUAAUAUCCAAAGAAGCUCAGAGGCACAUCAUAUUCAAUACUGAUUUCAAAGCUUACUGGAAACUGCUUAUUAUCUUGAUGAUGCUAGAGACAUACGGAGUAUGGAGGAAUGACAGCUUAUUUAACAUAAUGGUCAACUCUGUGUGUGAUAUACAAAGCAAUAGCACAAUUAAUUCAACACACAUAAAACUUCCAAUUAAUAUGACAUUAAAAAAUGUGGAACCAUUUAAAAGUGAUUGUUUGGACUGGGCGCAUGAGGAAAAGGAUGGUGUGGACCUGUUUAUAUGGGAGAAGGAUUUCUAUAUACAAUUCUUAUCAACAUUUGUAGGCAUCUUAGUUUUCAUAAUUGCCACACACAGUACAAUGAUACUAAUAAAAGGAUUUUCCUCACAAUUUAAAGUGAGUGUUGUGGUAAAGUCGUUCUCACUGGCUAACAUGAGUCUGCUGCUAACGUUGCCCAUGUUAGUGUGGGGCUCAGGGGACACUGAGCCGAGCACGAGGCUCGUGCAUUACUCGCUCGUGUUCCUGUAUAUGUUCGCAGUGUUUUAUAACAUGUUUAGUGUUCUAUACGAGAGUCCAAGACUAAUGACCGUACUGGUACUGCUGGCAAGCAAUCUAUUGAAGUACAUGACCACGUUUCAUGCCACACCAUUCUUGAGGAGGCUGAUUACUUAAAUACUAGAACCUUGAUGGUCUAAAAUAGAAAAAAGAGAUAAUUGGUUAAAAAAGAGAAUUUUCCAUAUCAAGGUGGUAUUGGCAAGAAAUAUCCAAAUAGAGAGUAAGACUUCAACGUUGAUUUGCUAAUGUUUUAUGUAAAUAUAGAUUUAAGUGUUUAUUUAUUUAUUUUAUUGCUGUUAUUUAGUUAAUCAAUAAAAUUUAAAUGUAUAACCAUG